GUUUAUAUCAAAAUUAUAAUAACUCAAGCUCGAUCAAUCUUUCAUAUCGACAAUAAUGGCAAUAAAAUCUAUCAUAUUCUUGUUGAUCACCCUUUUGGUAGUUGUUUUUGUGGCACCAAAAGCCAACGGUCAACCUGUUGUAAUAAGAAUAAAUGAAACUGUAUUUUGCUCUCUAAAUGCCUCUAUUGUUGUCAAUACCACAACCCCAAUGCUUCCUUUCCCAAAUGCUACAAUCCAAUUAACCAUCUCCGGGACUCCAAUAUUACCAACAACAACAACAAAUUUACAAGGACGAUUCAAUUUAGGUUUAAUUCAAUCUAGGCAUACGUCUUUGCCUAACCUUCAAUCACCGAAUGCCAAAGUUGUUGUUACUACACCACUCUCGGUUUACAAUUCGUCCCUACCACCAAACACCUUCCUAAAAUCGGUCCCGCCAUUACAAUUGUUGUUCCAAGCUCCUACCGUCUAUCAAUUAGGCAUGCAAGCAUUCAAGUCUGUUCAAAUUUAAUGAUAUCUCACACGCCAACUUCACAUCCAUUGAAGUCAUAGUGGAGUAUAUAAUAUUGUAAUGUUAUGAAUAAAGGAAGAGAUUGCUUGCUUGCUUUGGUGCUCUCAAGCCUUUCCAUUUGUAAUGUAAUUUAUUCAAUAGUUUGUCAUGGUUAUUUUGAAUAGUAUUAUAUGUAUGUUU